UGGCAGUAGUCGAGAGUCUCUUUUUUUUAUGUAUGAGGCUGAAGAAGGAUGAUGAAGGGGCGGAUUAACCGGGUUGCGCAAGCCGCAGCCACACGCAUUAUUUAGGGACACGAAGAAACCAUGACAUGGCUUUCAGAAGCAAAGCGGUCGACUCCAAGACCGUACUCUGCAACCUGCUGCUGUGUUUGCUCAUCUUCUACUCUCUCUUCUACAUGAUCGCAAGCGUUUGCUUCGGUGCCUUCAGGUUGGAUGACUUCGAUGGACUGAUACCGUUUGACUUUAAGACCACACCUGAGGACUCCACUUCCAAAUAUUUGGUCAACAUCCUGUCUCUGGAGCUCACAUACUUCAGCAGCAGCCUGCUGUUUGCCGCCGUGGUCAAGAGGCGAGUGUGGGACUAUGCCGUCACAGUCACGGUCCUGCACGUCUUCAUUACAAGCAUCGUCAUGCUGGAGUUUCCGCUGGCGUGGCAGUGGUGGCUGGCCUUAGGUAGCGGCUUGUUUCUGAUGAUCUGCAACGGUCAGCUGAUUGCUUACUUCACCUGCCCAGGGGACCAAAGCUAUGUUGCUUUUACCGUCUAUUAAACGGGAUAGUGUUGUCAUGUGCAAAAGUCUUGGGCCGCUAUUAGAUGUUUAAGUUGUUUAAGCAGUGUUGUAACAACCCAAAUCAUCCCCAGGGAUAUACCGAUAUACCAUAGAGUGUAAAACAGCAGGACUUGUUACCGGACUCCUGGGUCCACCUCGCUCCUCAUCCAUAUGUGACGCCAACCUUCCACGGCGUCAACAUCAUUUUUCCUGCCGCUUUUUAUUUGUCACGCUACGUUCAAUGUCAAUGGUGGCCUGAGACUUGCUGACGUUUCUAUAUGUUUGAGUUAUGAUGCACAACUUAAAGUAUUUGUUACUGUAUCUUUAAAAGCUACGAAUGUAACACCUGAAUGUUGGGAAUGUUGCAAUAUUUAUUCAUUUGAAAUAAAACUAAACAUUCCAUCAAUCAAACACCUUCUAUUUUUAUUUAGGGCUGUCAAAUGAUUAAAGACUCGUCAUGGUUUCCAAUUAAUUAAUCAUGAUUAAUUAGUAUGUCUGAAAUAUGGUAAUUUUUACAGCGUUUUAUUGAAAGAAAUACAAAUGACAGGGCAGGGUUAUACGCUGUAUAUUUGUAUGCAUUCAAUGAUUUAAAUAAAGUUGAAUGAAAACGCAUAUAAAUAAAAACGCAAUGAAUGAAAUAAAUGAGCCGUUGACGCGCUAUUUUUGACAGCCCUAAUUUUCCUAUUCCAUUCUGAAAAGUGUACACAGACAAUAUAAUGCAAUGUACACAAUGUAUCCAGGUAUAUUAUAUGACAUUAUAUUAUAGUUCAUAUACUGUACAUUUUGAUUUAUGACGU